AUGUAAAGGGGGACAGGAACUAGCUGUCACAGCGGCCUUCAGGGGAGCACACUGAGCAAGGCGACAGGACAAGUCAUAGGGAAGUACCUCGGUUUGCUGUGCUGUAGAGCGAGCCUUCUUUCUAGGGAAUGGCGUGCCAGGCGUUUGCCACUGCUGACUCCUUCACGGCCCUCACUGCGGACACCUCUGCCCUGCCACUCAUCAUGCAUCAUACCAACCCUUCUGAGUGCCUGCCAGUCUCCAACCACUCCACCAAUGUGGUGUCCACAGUCCCCUCUGGCUUGUCUCUGCUGCAGUCAUCGAAGCGCUCCCACAUGCACUUGUCCUCCUCAACGCUGGGGAACACCUCUGCAGGGCUGCACUACUCAGUCCCGCCCUGUCACUAUGGAAACCAACAGGCCACCUACGGCAUGAUGACAGCUCAAGACAUGUUAUCUGCCAGCAUUUCUCAGACAAGAAUCCUGCAGACCUGCAGUGUGCCUCACCCCAGCGUAGUCAAUGGAGCGAAUACUCUGCAAGGUGGUCUAACCCCAUGCCUCUACAAGUUUCCUGAGCACACCCUGAGCACCAGCUCCUGUGCACUAGGUCACAGCUUCACCCCGCUGCAUCAGUCCCUGCUAGCGGAGGACUCCUGCCUCAGUGACUUUAAGCAGGAGCUCCGGAGGAAAAGUCGCUCUACGGACGAGCCUGUUGAUAUGGACUCACCUGAAAUCAGGGAGCUGGAAAAAUUUGCCAAUGAUUUCAAGCUGAGACGAAUCAAACUGGGUUACACUCAAACCAACGUUGGAGAGGCCCUUGCGGCCGUGCAUGGUUCUGAGUUCAGCCAAACCACUAUCUGCCGCUUCGAGAACCUCCAGCUAAGUUUCAAAAAUGCCUGCAAGCUGAAGUCAAUCCUCGCGAAGUGGCUCGAGGAGGCAGAACAAGCCGGAGCCCUUUUUAAUGAAAAGGUUGGGAUGAAUGAAAGGAAAAGGAAACGUAGAACCACCAUAAGUAUUACUGCCAAGGAUGCUCUGGAGAGACACUUCAGAGAGAAGAGCAAGCCCUCCUCUCAGGAGAUCGUACGCAUGGCCGAGGGGCUGCACCUGGAGAAGGAGGUGGUCAGGGUGUGGUUCUGCAACCGCAGGCAGCGCGAGAAACGAGUCAAGACCAGCCUGCACCAGAGCACUUUCCUGUCCCUCAGCAAGGACCAAGCCUGCUGCAGAUAAGGAGGCCAGCCCUUCAUUAUCUGAACACCAGGCUUGAGAUUCUAAAAUACACCCUGGUGCAGCUAACAUCAGCAAUACGAUGUCCUUGUAGUUAAUGGGUUAAAAGACGGCUAACCAACAUCCAUGCUGUUAUAUGGUGGGAGAUACUUUGGAAGCCUGUAUGUAUGCUACACUUUUUCACAUAUCUAGAGAACCACUUGUGCUAUUGUGACAAAACUUUAGCACAAGUUACAAAUGUAUCAUCGCUGGGUAUAGAAGACCAUUUUGCAAAUAUCUAGUGAAAAUAAAAAGGGGUACCAGUAAUAGUGUUAAAAAUCCAAUUAAGGAAAUGGAAUUGAAAUAAUUGAUUAGCACUCCUUUAAAAAAAGCCUUUAGGAAUCCCAGCAAAUGUACAGCCAUUUAUAUGUAUAUACAGAAGUGGUGGCAGAAGCCAUUUUUACAUUGCUUCAAAUUGCCGUGACAUGCUACAAUUUAGACUAAUUGGAAUAUUGAAGAUAGUAAAGGCAUAUGGGCAUUAGUAUAUAAAAUCUACAUGUACGCAAGGCCGGCGCCAGCAGGGCGGCGGGAGAGUGGGCUGAGGGGGGUUCAGAUCGAGUGCCCCACCUGUUCAGAUCCCACAUUGAGAUAAAAAACACCCAUCUAUGACAAAUCAUUAAUACAAGUAAGUUAAUUAUAAAAUGUGUUAUUUCUGGAAACAUUUUAAGGUGACAUAUCUUUACAAAUUAGUACCACUAACACCACCCAUUAGCAACUCCUUUUGUAGGGUCUCCUUUUCUCACAAUAUGCAACGUCUUCUAAUCUGCACAUUUCAAGGCCAGAGUCAUAUUGCAACACACAUCGUUUAGUGUCAUUUGUGCAUUUAUUUGUUUAUGU